AUGUUGCAUGGGCCGAAAGCGAGUAGGAGUGGGCCUGCUAUAUCUCAUCUCUUGUUUGCAUAUGAUAGUUUACUUUUUGCUAGAGCGACACGACAGGAAUGCGAAGUGAUAGUUGAUGUACUCAACCGCUAUGAAGUAGCAUCCGGGCAAAAAAUUAAUUAUGAGAAGUCAGAAGUGUCUUUUAGUGGAGGGGUAAGCGCAGAGCAACAAGAUGAUUUGAUUGGGGUACUCAAUAUGAAACGUGUUGAUCGACCUGGUAAAUAUUUGGGUAUCCCUACUGUGGUAGGGAGAUUGAAGAAGGCUAUUUUUGGUGCUAUUUUAGACAGAAUAUGGAAGAAAUUACAGGGUUGGAAGGAAAAGUUACUCUCCAGGGGCCGGAAAAGAGGUGAUUUCAGUGAUCAUUUAGACGCUUUCGAAGUGUUUGGAGUUGAUUCGGAUGAUAUUUAG